ACCAACCAACCAACCGAAGAUGAUUCCGAACUUAAAUAACCCAUCCAUACCAACCACCGCACUGCAAAAUUCACCAACAAUGAAUCCGCCUUUCAACUACUCAAGAGAAAGAUAGGUUAGCGCACCAAUAACAGAGCGCCAAAAGAUCUGAACCACUUACCAGCCUCUUGAUCUCCGCAAGCUGGUGGGGGGCUUAGAUAUGCACUCCCGCGCCCAGCCCCGCCCCGGCCUGCGCGGCAACCUCGGCGGCCGCGUUGGCAGCGGCAUCGACGCCGAAGCCGAUGUUGAACGGCUCGGGGUUCGCCUCCGGGUUGGCGGCGGCGAAGGCGGCCAGGAAGAGGGUGGUGAGGGUGGUGAGGAUGGUGAACUGCAUUUUCUGUUCUUGCUGUUGCUGUUGCUUUUAGAAUGUCGGAUGUUGGGGUGGGGGUGGGGGUGGGGGUUGGUUUGGCUGUGUGAAGGGGAGGGGGGCGCACGAUUAGGAUUAGGGAUUAUCUUAGCUGGUCUUGUUAGAGAUUGGAUGGUUGGAUGGAUGGUUGGAUGGUUGUGCGGAGGGAAUGGAAUGGAGUGGACUGAAGAAGAAAACCGAGCCUGCGAUGUUGUUGAUGGAUUUUGGGCUAUAGGGGGAGGAGACGGGGUUUAUAUCUUGCUUCUUUUCUGUGCUGCACAGUACUGCACUGGGUGGUGGGUGCGUGGUGGGAGAUAGGGGUAGGGGCUUUCCUGAGAAUUGGGUUUCGUAUCUGAAUCUCAACUUGCAGGUUCUAUUGUCGGAGGUUGAGGUGGCUCGAUUUUUGGGUCGCGUUGGGUUGGAUCGCGUCGGGAGAGAUCCAGCGGGGACUGAAUUUUGGGCCGGAGGGUUUGUA